AUGGAAAUGGCUCUUGUGGAGGACGUGCUCCUGCCCACCAACCUCACCUCCAGCAACCAGAGCAGCUGCAACGUGCACAACCAACACUUCUCAACCAAAGUCAUCUUCUCCCUUUUCUACACCGUCCUGCUGGUGUUCGGUGCCUGUGGGAAUAUCCUGGCCCUCUGUAUCACCUUCCAGCGCAGGAAGAAGAAACUCAACUCCACCGACCUCUACCUGGUGAACCUGGCGCUCUCCGAUGCCCUCUUCACCCUGGCACUGCCGGGCAGGAUCACCUACUACAUCCUGGAGUCUGACUGGCCCUUUGGGGACUGGUUCUGCCGGAUCACAGCUUUCCUUUUCUACAUGAACACCUACGUGAGCAUCUACUUCAUGACCUGCGUGAGCGUGGACCGCUACGUGGCCGUGGUGCGCACCCGGCACCCCGGCAGGAUUCGGAAGAUGAGCCGGGCCAGGGCCGUCUGCGUCCUCAUCUGGGCCUUGGUGUUCCUGCAGACGGCUCCGCUGCUCCUGCGGCCCAUGACGCGCAGGAUGGGAGACAAGCUGACCUGCAUGGAGUACUUCAACUUCGAGGAGAUUCCCAAUCUGCCCUACCUGCUCCUGGUGGCCUGCAUGCUUGGCUUCUUCCUGCCUGUGGGAAUCAUCUUGGUGUGCUAUGUGAGGAUCAAUCUCAAGCUCUGCCAGACAGCCAAGGAGAACCCGCUGACGGUGAAGAACGGGCACCACCACCGGGCCUUCACUGUCAUCCUGGUGGUUCUGCUGGCUGUCCUGCUCUGCUUCAGCCCCUACCACCUCAACAUUGUCCAGUUCAUGGUCAGGAAGAUCCUCUACCAGCCGUCCUGCCGUGAGCAGCAAGCCUUCAAGAUGUCCCUGCAAAUCACGGUGGCGUUCAUGAACCUCAACUGCUGCAUCGACCCCAUCAUCUACUUCUUCGCCUUCCGGGGCUACAAGCGGAGGCUGCUCCGCAUCUUCAGGAACAGCGGCUCCCUGGCCACCUCCUCCACUGCCAAGACCCCCUCAGAGAGCAACAGCAACAGCCAGCCGCCCGCCUCCAGCUCCGUCUAG